CGCUAAAAAUGUAAUAAUCCAUGUAACAUUGACUCGGCAGCUAGCAAUAAAUAAAUAAAUAUUGAAGAUAGUAAAAAGAUGAUUAAAAAGUGAUUUUAUUCAUGUGUAAACUUGUAAAGCCGUUAAGAGUCGUAGCACCAGAAAUCCGUAACUUAAGCCUUGAGUUUGGUUCUCAUCCUAAUAUUCCGUUCCUCUUAAUUUAGAGUCCUCUAAAUAGUAACCACUUUUCUAUAUCAAAGUAAUUUUCCUGUAUCUUUCUUCUUCAUUAGCAACUUUGGAAAGUUGGAUCAAUCGUGCAAAAAUGUCAGUUGGAGAACUUGGUUGUACCUACGCUGCUUUGCUUCUCUUCGAUGAUGGCAUUCCCAUUACUUCCGAGAAGAUUGCUACGGUGGUGAAGGCAGCCAAUAUUUCAGUGGAGUCCUAUUGGCCUAGUCUUUUCGCCAAGCUGUUUGAGAAGAGGGACAUUGAAGAUCUCAUCUUGAAUGUUGGGACAGGUGGUGGUCCAGCCGUGGCCGUUGCUGCUGCCCCGGUUGCCGGAGGUGGUGGUGCUGCUGCUGCUCCCGCAACUGCGGAGAAAAAGGAGGAGACAAAGGAGGAAAGUGACGAUGAUCUGGGAUUGAACUUGUUUGAUUAGGAGAUUCUCUUUUAAUAUGCAGCAUAGUGAGGAUACCUUACUCAUAUUUACUUCCAUAUUUUUUCCCCCAUAUUUUGGUUUAGGUGUUUCAAGUGAAUCCUAAAAUGUUACUCUUGUCAUUUUUAUAUAUAUGAAUGUUGAGGCAAGGUAAUUUACUAA